UUUUUGCACUCAUAAUGUUGUCGCUGCACACAAACAWCCCACUGCAGCUAAACAAAUCCUAAAUACCACACAACAAAUUGCACUUUACAUGUGAGCUGUAAUGUGUUUGAGGUGUAACUAAACUGCACUUGACCUUAUCUCACAUGCCCACGUUUCUUUCUUUACGCGACACACACUGCUUUGUUUUAACGUUAUCUGGAGGUUAGGCCGGUGUUGAAUAACUGCCUCUUUACACACUUGAUACUGUUUUUGUUCUAGUAUCRUAUCAUCAGAAUGAGGUACUUAAUGUUUUUGUUUCAGAUAGCUCAGUUAUUUAAUGAGUUGUUUUUUUUUUUUUAAAAACAUUACUUGUUUACAUUUUUGGUAUUUUUAAGCAUUUCUGACAUCCACAAGGAAAACAUUUAGCUGACUUUUUGAUUAUUAUUUUAAAAAUAUACUUCUAAAUAAUUAUACUGUACCAGACUUGUCACCUUAGUACAGAUGACAGUGUUUGGUUUUCAACAACUCCUGUUUUGUGUUAGUGUCUUUUCGACCUUUGAGCCCGGUCCAGGCCAGUCCUCUGGUUUCAGCUUAUCAAAGCAACGCAGUGAGUGGCAGGAGCACGUUUGCUUGUAAGCAGCGUGGAGGCACAAUACAGACAAACACAUUUGUUUUUAUACGGGUUUUAAUAGGCUGAACCUGGAGGACACAUGUUCUGCCAGGGGGCACAUGUUGUAGUGUCAGGUUUUUUACCCGAGUUAAUUUUAGAGCCCAGAAGGGGAGACGAGGACUGAGAGGGGAUGGGUGGAAAGUGGACCACGUGGGGAGUUGAGAAGAAGAAUAAGCGACCAGCGGAGUGCAGGUCUGCUGGCAUGUAUUGAACAUGCUGAGUGAGAAAUAAAGAGAAAACACAGAAAUAAUGGAAAACUCAGUCCUAGAGUUAUAGCAUGCUGCCUGGGUGUUUGUGAGGGUGUGAUCCUCCACUGACCUGUCCACAUUACUGGGGCAGCAGCGCCCUUGAGCAAGUGUCGUUUCGUGAUCUGACGCUGCCGGAGCAGUACAGGACGUCAUCAUACCAAUACUUUUUCUUCCAUUCCUAUUUUCCCUUCCAUCGUCUGAAGAGACAUGGAGGCGAGCGUGGGGGUUGUGGCGCUGCAGGAGAAGACAGGACAAGGCGUGCUGGCAGAAAACAAAGAUGUCUGUGUGACAUGUCAGCACCAUGCACCCAAGGGACAUGGAACAAUGGCCGUCCCUCCAACAUACUCAGACCUAGGAAAAUCUGCUAAAGACAUCUUCAACAAGGGCUUCGGCUAUGGAGUUCUGAAGCUGGACAUCAAGACCAAGUCUCAGAAUGGUGUU